AUGGCUGCCUUGAUUAACUAUGGAUUAUCAGAGAAGAAAAGCAUGGCCCGAACUGCAAUAUUAACCAUAGAGCUUCUUCUCUUAUCAACAGGACUUGUGUCUACUUUUUUCAUGCUCAAAAAAGCUAUAAACCCCCGCUACUUAUUUGACAUAUUUCUUGUUAAUCUGAGGGAAAGUUUGAAUUCUUUGAAAAGCUUCUUGUCAUCUCCACUAUAUAUCUGCCUCUUUAUCAAUUCCGUUGUCAUCCUUAUCUUGACUUUCUCCAAAUUUCAACACCCAAUAAAGAACUUUCUCAAUGUUUUUCUAAAUGAAAAGGAUGCUGAUGGUAUUCAGAUUACUCAGCCACAACAUCAUGAAAAAGUGGACAUGCCGAAUAGAACUAAUUCAGCAAUUGCAAUGGACACCGUUAUGUCUUUUUUCAGCCGUUAUAAUUCCCACCCUUCAGUAUUAGAAGAUAUUCAAGAUGAGAUGUCUAGCAGUGUGAAAGACAUUGAAAUUGAUAGUAUACAAACAGCAUGUACUUUUUCAGACAUAUCUCAUUUGAGUGAAGCCAGUGAAAUCAAGAAACCACGUUCACCACAUCCGCCACAGAUUACCACUGCUACAAAAAUAAAGACAAAGCAACAAAAGUUUGAAGAGUUUAAGGAGACUCAAAGCAAAGAAGAGGAGGAAUUAGAGGAUGAUUCAUUGGAGGCGACAUGGAAGGCAAUUACAAACAAGAAAAAGGAGCUGAAAAAGUCAUUGACAUUUAACGAUGCUUUAUCGAUGUCUCGAAUAGGGGGGGCUAAGAGGGGACAUCUCUGUAAGUGCAGAGGAAUCCAACAAGAAAUUUGA